AUGCUCCCAGGCCGGAAAGGCCAAAGUUGGGAAAUAUCUGUGGAUUACCAGCAAGACUUUGAGGAAGACGGAAACAAUGAACCCAGGCAUUUCUUGGGCAACGAUUUGGUGAUCGCAACCACUGCGAAACCGUUGAUCGAAGCGGAUCUUCGAGACAACUUCCGGCCGUUCCUGAAGCCGCAUCAGAUAGAGAAUCACAAUGAAGAGCAGAACAAUGAGAGGUUCCACAGCACCCGGAAGUAUGACGAGGAAACCCUGACCCCACUGCACCAGUUCCGGUUCCACGAACCCGCAACCACGGUUGAACCAUACAUUACCACUCAUCGGAACUCGGAAAAACUCCCGCUAUUCGGCAAGGACACACGUAAAAUACCCAGGUUAUUCAGAAAGAAAUUCAGAUUGCCCUCCAAGGUCCACAUGGAACGUCGAUACAUCAACCCACUGUUUCGUGAGAGCUUAGAAGGUGCUGAAUCUUUGGAACCCGUUUUGGAAUCAUCACCCACCCAGCAAGCAGUUUAUAUCAAUGAAAUCCCAUCAUCCACACCUGAUUAUUACAACGAAAUAUCGUCAACUUCCAAUUAUUUGAACGAAAUUUCGGAAAGUGAGUUCGAUUAUCCCAGGAUUCGUCCUUCUCAACGGCCGCUGACGGAUGACAGGGAUGAGGCUUUAUUGGGAAAUGAAUUGGGACCCAACAACAACAAGAGACCCGGGAACCAUGGGUUCCAUUCGAAUGAAGUACAGCUGGUGAAUGAGAAUUCUGGGGACGAGGUCAAUAAUAGGCCUCAGUACCCGGCGUAUGGGGUUAUACCUGAAACUGGGUUCAACUGCUCCAAGCAGCUGUACAAGGGACCCUUUGCAGACAUUAAUUCUGGAUGCCAGGUUUGGCAUUAUUGUGACUUGGAUGGCAGACAGUCGUCCUUUUUAUGUCCGAAUGGAACUAUUUUCGACCAAAGAUCCUACACAUGUGACUGGUGGUACAAGGUCAGGUGUGGUCAAUCAGAUCAGCUCUAUGCCUUGAACGAGCGGCUCUUCAAGUACAGGGUCGACGAUCCACCGCAGUUCCCAUUCGAUUACCACGGGCCACACGUGGACCAAUAUAUUUUGCAACAAUACUUCAAAAAUUUGCAAGAAAUGAGGCAAAAGCAGUGGGGAGACGAAGGACGAAAAGCGAGGCUCAAGGAGAAACUGAGGGAGCAGAAACGCAAGGAACUGAUUGCGAAGCUCAAUUUGGAACUUGAUGAGGCUACUUACCAAAAGUACGGUUUUUUGCUGAGGAAACGAUAAUGACGGCGAUCAUCAUUUGCCGUUUCGACCAUAUUUUUGUUGCCAUUUUUUUACUAAAGAAAAAGAAGGGAGCUAUAUAAGCUCCCUCUUUCUUUCGAAAUACGAUGAUGACGUGGGAGAUGAAAUUUAGAUGCUAAAAAGUGAAGAGACAAGGCGAAGUUUUUGUUAUGUGCCUUGAGAUUGUGAUCGGCGUUCAGAUUGCGGAUUUUGAAAAGGGCGCAAUAAUUUUUCGAACAAUAAAACCCAGGCUUUAUGCGA